AGCACGAGAGCAUCGCAACUACGGAAUACACUAUCGACACUCCAUCGGUGCACUACAAAAUUCCUCCCCCCUCCCGUCAUCUCUCCAACGCUGCCCCCCCUUUCCCCCCCCACACAACCCUCGCAGUGUUGGGUAACCCAUCGCCUGUCACACACGACUGGCAUGGGUCUCGUUGUCGACUUUGGGAAUUACAUCCUAGCUGCUGUUGUCCUUGCCGUCCUUAUCCGCCUUGUUUCUGGGUCGAGGAAACCCAUCAAGCGGAAUGGGGAGCGUUUAAAAAAUCCCCCGAACACGCUGCCCCUGGUCGGCAAUGGCCUCAAGUUUCUGCAGUCUCGCUGGACGCUGCUCGGCUGGUUCGACCAAUGCCAGCGCCAGUUCGGAUAUGAAACAGUCGCACUGAGCGUGCCUACCCUCCCCCCCGGCGUGCUCAUACACAGCCCGCGGAACCUCGAGUUCGUCUUCAAGAACGAAGGCCUCUUCACCAAGGGCGAGUUCGUCAAAAAACGCUCAUGGGAUUUGUUUGGAAACGGCAUCAUCAACGCCGACGGAGACCUCUGGAAGCGGCAACGCAAGGCCGGCUCGGUUUUCCUCAACACUGCGAAUCUCCGCGUGCUCACCGAGGUGGCACUCCCCCAGUACUUAGCUGAGAGCGUCCGCGACCUGCAAUCCAGCAUUGGCAAGGGGCCCGUGGACCUACAGCAUGUCUUUCACGAGAUUACGACAAAGCUCAUGGCCAAGAUGGCCUACAAUAUGGAGAUGCACGCCGACGACGAUUUCUCCCAGUCGUUCGACUUCGCGUCCGGCGCCACUGCCGAACGGUUUCAGAACCCGCUGUGGGCCAUCACCGAGCUGUUUACUGGCUCUAAAUUCCGCAAGUCGAUAGCAGUAGUCAAGGACUUUGGCAGGCGUAUCGUGGCCAGCGCCGUCCAUGACCGGAGCCGGCAAAAAGCUGGAGUGGAAUCCCCGGGUUCGCCCGACGACGACGACAGCAAACUGGAUCAAAUCUCCGGAACCCUCAUCCAAUCCCUCCUCGACGCAAUCGGCAACGAAGACACGGUCGCCGACGCCGCCCUUACCUACCUCUCCGCGGGCCGCGACACCACCGGCCAAGCGCUCACCUGGACCUUCUACUUGCUGCUGCAGCACCCCUCCGCCGUGUCCGAGAUCCGCCGCGAGGUGCAGCAGCUGCUCGCCCAGCAGCAGCCGCCACAAGACGACGCCGACCCCGAGCACGCAACCCCCAACCCGACCCUCUUCACCCCGCUCUCCGUCCCCUACACCAUGGCCGUCUUCCACGAGACCCUGCGCCUGUACCCGCCCAUCCCGUUCGAGAUCCGCCAGUGCCAGGCCGACACCACCCUGCCCGACGGCACCUUCCUGCCGCGGCACGCCGUGCUGGUGUGGUGCCUGUGGGCGAUGCACCGGUCGCGGCUGACGUGGGGCGCCGACGCCGACGCGUUCCGCCCGGAGCGCUUCCUGGAGAAGCAGCAGCAGCACGGCGGAGGCGAGGGCGACUGGGGCGCCGGGGCCAAGCCCCGGUUCGUGCUGGGCAAGUCCGUCAGCGAGUUCCCCGUUUUCUACGGCGGCGCGCGCGCGUGUCUGGGCAGGAAGAUGGCCGAGCUGAUCGCCGCGCAGGUGAUCCCCGUGAUGGUGUGGCUGUUCGAGUUCGAGCCCGCGUUUGAGGGCGAGAGGGUCAGCAAGACGAGCUUGACGCUGCCGAUGGAAGGGGGGCUGCCCGUGAGGGUACGACGGCGGGUUGGCGACGUGAGGAGUAAUUAGGAUACUUGGAGAAGUGGCGGGGGCCAACAGAACGAGAGCCACGGAGUCUAGUGCUUAUGGGCUUAUGGCUUAAUUAUGAUAAGUGGUUCGCGGAGUCUCCCUGUCAUAAACAUGGGAUUGUCAGCACACCUGAGAAAUCUCAAAUCGUUGCUGCAAUCAUAGAAUUAGGAGAGAGUGUCACGAAAGUCUAAUUUUGCGAGGCCUCUGAACUCGGCUUCAUCAUAUGUGAUAUCGGAGGAACCCCAAAACAGACCGAGUAGUUGACGGUAGGCAGCGUCAAUCCGUGUGGUGGCCCAGCAGUGGUGACCAGACUGGCACAAGAUUCGGACGGCUUAUGAAGCCACUAAGUCAAUGGGUGCUUAGAUGACUUGGAUCUCUUGGAUCUACUUGGCCUAGAUGGAAGGCGUGCUGUUGGUGAGUGUACAGCAAGCACACCAAUUCCGGCGUAUGUUAGGCUGUCUUGCGGUGUGCCCCUGAGUUGAGACUGAAGAAGGGUUGCUUAGGAUUCAUCAGCAGUCCUACAUGCAGUGCUUCAGCAUCGGUUAGUGAGAAAUAGCAAGAUCGAAUCGUCCGGUUUGCGGAACGCUAGCAAGUUGCCCUGGCGGGAUGUUUGAUUUUAUUGCCGCUGGUGUUUUACAUUAGCACUUAGCAUGUAUACCUAUGUAUUUGGGCCUUCUCAUACUCAUACUUUUCUCGGUUGCGCCACCCACUUGUGCCUGUUUUUGUGAGGGCUAACUA